CUAUAUAUGCAACCACAAACCACACCACUGCCGUCACUAUACUUUCAGUAUUGAAUGUGUAGAAAAGGACGGAAGAAAAUAUAAGAUGAUUAAGAGCUACUAGCAAAAAGGCAUGUAAGGCAAAAAAAAUCCAGCUUCCCAGUCCUUGCACGGGUAUAUCCAUAGUGUAACAUCACUUAGACGAGGCACAAAACGCUCCUAUUUUGAGGCGAAGAUCCAGGAAAAGAACAAAAUUAGAAGACUCGUCGUAUUCAAACCGGAACUACACAGCCAAUUUGAACUCAUCAAUGCUCAAAGGAGCCCAGGAUGUCAUCUUCAACUUUAAGUCCUCAAUCACAUGCCUGGAUGAGUUGGACUAUGCCUUUAACUGUAACAUUCUGUCAACUGAGGAAGUACUUCCACUUUGUGAAGUACUUAAAAUUAAGACUCCAUACCAAAGAGUGACAGUGAAAGCAAAGGUAAUUCAGCUACAAAGUCGUGGACACAAUUUUAUUCGUGAUGGCACAUUUCUCCAGAACACGUACUACCUAAUUGCGGAUGAAACCGCAGCAAUGGAUUUGACUGUAUGGGGUGAGAGCAAAAUUACAGUUGACUGCUGGUAUGAGAUCUCGAACGUUUCCAUUCGCACCUUCCAAGAUAAACAGUUUCUAACCACAACCAAAGACACAAACUUCACUAUAGUGACCUGCCAAAAUCCCACUCAUCCUGUGGAGGAGAACACCACCAUCCAAACUGUGACAGCAGAAAUAAUUGGAGCAACAAUAUACAUACUACAUAUUUGUCCUCAACAACACAAAAUCACCAACAUGCCCUUGUCCGCUUCAAGGGUGAAUUGCCAAAAAUGUGACACCUUUUACAGGUCCUCUUCAAUCACCACGUACACGCAUGGAUCGAUCACCAUAAACACCACCAAAGGGGUUCAGACCCUCAACAUCGAGAACCAUUACAUAGAAUCCAUUGUAAGCAUCACACACGACUCCACUACAGACCACAUUAUAGACACUAUACUUGCACUGCCCCCUGUCAACAUAUCCAUAUACAAAAACAACAUAACCAACAUAUCACUCGAAGACACCCGUUCCACACAGACACCAAAGAUCACCAUAACACCCCCUAUGGACACCUCUGAAAGCCUCUAUGGAACCGAUAUGGAGAACCUAAUGGCUGAGGAUUUCUUCACUUCCACCCCAUCAACAUCAACAGCAACCACUACAGCUUCACCAGCCAUCAUACCACACACAAAAUCGCCAACAGCAUUAAGAUCCAGAACCAGUUCCAACCAGAAACAAUCACCCCAGUGAAGCAUCUAAAUACUCAAAUGUCUACUGGG